UCCAGUCGAGCAAGGAGUACAGAAGUUGAAGUGUCACUUCGCAUAAACUUUACGAUUAACAUGUUCUGAAUCGUAGUUAUUUAUUUUUUAACGUUAUCUGCGGCCUGCGGGUGAUAAAUAAAGUAAAGUGCCUGUUUGUCCGUGUUAGGGAACGCGACCGAUCACGUGAUCGAUCGGUCGGUCAUAUGACAUUGAUGAGAAAGAGCGAAGCAUUCUGCGGCAGUUAAAAAUGUUUAACUCUUUUAACAAAACCUUCGUCUAACGUGAUGAAUUUAAUAAAAAGACGUGGUGAGUCCUGAAGUGAAUCUCUGGAUCAUGGAGCAUUUGGGAGUUUUGUCUGUUUUCGCCGCUGCUUGUGUUCUAGGAGUGGUGAUGAGUCAGACAACCCUCAGCCCUGCUGUGACGAUCACUACAGUCAGCGUGAAUGUGACCACUCCUACCAUGCCCGGCACGACAGAACCCAGUUGCUCCGUGCUCAACACUUCCACCUGUGCGGCCUGUGCUCCUGGCACUUAUUACGAUAAUGAAACUCGGCUGUGUUCGUGCUGUCCAGACGUAGGGUUGUGUGUGUUUCCAGCAGCUUGUCUCCCCUGCACACAGGGCUUCUAUCAGCCUCUGGCAGGACAGCUGGGGUGUUUAUCCUGUCCAUCAGGGUUUUUCAGCAAUGUCACAAGAAGCCCUGUGUGUCGGGCAUGUUCUCCUGGUUCCUACAAUAAUAACACGGCCUCGAUCUCUUGUAGUGCCUGCACACCAGGUUUCUACACAUCUUUGCCAAAUUCAACCUCUUGUAACCCGUGUCCACAAGGCACAUACUGCAAUUCCUCCAGCUGUGCCCAGUGCCAGAUCUGUCCUGCAGGUUCAGAAGCUCUACAAGUUGCUGCCAAACAAUGUACAUCCUGUCGCCCAGGAAUGCACAAGCUCUCGCAUCAAACCAUUUGUCAGAUUUGCAAAAGUGGCUUCUAUCAGAUCCACUGGGGUCAGGAGAACUGUGACCUUUGCCCUGAAAACCACUACUGCCCUAGUCCUGAUGUUAAUCCAAUCCAGUGUCCUAAUGACGCUUUCUGUCCUGAGGGCAGCACGGCCCCGGGUUACUGCAUGGAGACCUUCUUUAGAAAGGCGGGCGAGACAUGUGAACUAGCUCCUGUUACCAUAGCACUCCUUGUUAUUGGAGGAGGAGUGGGUCUUCUCUUCAUCAUCGUUUUGGUUCUGCGGAUGAAAAAAGACAAUGACAGUGAGCUGUCCCUUGCUCGGACACCUCUUCUGCGAAAAGAUAGACCACCUGGACGCUUCUAUGGAAUCCCGUGUGAUGCAGAGCCUGUAUAUGCCGGCUGGUGAUAUAACCAAUUACUUCCGAAACCACACCCCCCCCCAUAAAAAAACUAGCGAAGACUUGCAUGCUUUUGAGCAGGUAUUCGAAAUGAGCACAGAACCAAAAGCUAUAAAACAUGUGAGAAUGUUUAAAGUGUUAUUGAACCAUAACUGCACCUAUCUGAACUGCACUUGUCUGAAAUUUAGACAGAUCUUUUAUUGAAGUGACCCAAGCUUUAUAUAAUGGUAGGAUACUAUUAAAUAUUUAAUGAAUGAAGACAACAUGUUUCGUGUUAUGGCACUUUUCUGCGUUACAUUUUAAAACUUGUUGACUAUUGACCUGUUGCUGAGUGUCAUCCUGAAGAUAUUUUUUUCUGUUACAGUAAGUUUGAAAAAUAGGAGUUAUUCAGUUUUUUUUUUUUUUGCAUAAAUAUUGCACCAGAUAAGUCAAGUCAUGGCACUGAAAACGUUUUGGACUGGUGCUAGAUUUAGCUUUUUUUUUCACAGACCACUGGUUAUUUUGUUUUGGUACCACUACAUUUUACUACUUAGGAUUUUCAAGGUACUUUAUAUUGUAUAAUUUGCAUUGCUUCUUGUAUUUCAUGUGAUGUGCCACAUAUUAAUUUUAAAACAAAACACAUUUUUGACCAUUUCUAGGGUGUAUACUGGAAUAAAGAGCUUUGCACUA